UCGCUUUACAAACCUUUCUAAAACCAUAGCCAUGGCGAUGAUGUCAAAGCAAGAUCCGUCACCUUCUUUUUUACAAACACUACAAGAAAUCAUGAGACUUUACAGAUCACUCCCACCAAGGCCUUCAAUUGCUGAUGUUGAAGCAUCCAAAUCCGUUCUCAAAACUUUGGAAAACGAAGAAAAAGUCAAGCUUGAAGAGAUCUCAAAAGAAAAACCACCCGAAGAUGUCCCUGGUGAACUCUUCUCCAUCCUGCAACAGGUGAGGAAAACUAUGGUGUUGUUUCAAAGUCAUGAGCAAAAGAAAGAUGCCCUUCACUUGGUUGAAGCUGACAAGCUGUUUGAGACCUUUGAUGGGUUGAUUCAAAGGGCUUCGUUGCUGGUUUCUGGGGAUACCCAGGAUGAAAAGGUCACUACUUUUGGGGAACAUGUAAGCAAAUUCGAUACAGAAACUAUUAUCACUGAUGACAGUUUGGUGAAGCAAGAGGAAGAUGGUGAAUUGGAUAAAGAUGAUGCAAAAGGUGAAAAUAGCAGUGAAAAACUGAACCUAAUGAAGACAGCGGCGCUUAUCGAGAAUACUGCAAGAACAGGAGGGGUAGUUCUUGAUCUUAGGGGCAAGUUGAUGGACCAGAUUGAGUGGCUUCCUGUAUCGAUUGGGAAACUGAACGAUGUAACCGAAUUGGACAUAUCCGGAAACCGUAUCAUGGCACUGCCACCCUCCAUUGGUGGUCUUCAAGCCUUAACGAAGCUUGAUUUUCACUCGAACCAACUUAUAAACCUACCUGAUUCCGUUGGGGAGCUUGUCAAUCUAAUAGAGCUUGAUCUCCAUGCGAACAGGUUAAAGUCGCUUCCUGCCUCUUUCGGGAACUUGACGAACCUCAUGAAUCUAGAUUUGAGUUCAAAUGAGUUCACACAUUUGCCAGAGGCAAUUGGAAAUUUGAGCUCUUUGAAGAGACUAAUUGUCGAAACGAAUGAGCUUGAAGAACUUCCAUACACAAUAGGGAAUUGCUCCUCGCUAUCAGAGUUAAAACUAGAUUUUAAUCAGAUAAAGGCUCUUCCCGAGGCAAUCGGGAAGCUCCAAUGCUUGGAGAUUCUAACUGCACACUACAACAGGCUCAAAGGGUUACCGACAACAAUAGGCAACCUUUCCAAUUUAAAGGAGCUUGAUGUAAGCUUCAACGAGAUUGAAUUCAUCCCCGAGAACCUCUGCUUUGCAGUAAGUCUCAGAAAAUUGAACGUGGGGAAGAACUUUGCGGACUUAAGAGCCUUACCGAGAUCAAUCGGAAACCUCGAGAAGCUUGAAGAGUUGGAUAUAAGUGACAACCAAAUCAAAGUUUUACCAGAUUCUUUCGGAUCAUUAUCGAAAUUGAGAGUUCUCGGGGCUGAAGAGACUCCAUUGGAAGUUCCACCAAGAGAAGUGAUCAAAUUGGGUUCUCAGGCUGCUGUUGAAUUCAUGGCUAAUCUCGUUGCAAAGAGGGAUACUACCAUAUCAGCACGGGCAAAGAAGAAGAGUUUCUUCUCGAGGAUUUGCUUCAUUUGUUGGCCGUUCUGAACCGCAACCGCGAAUACGGACAACAUGUAACCGGUACUAUACUUAUUUUUAUGUUCAGCCUCCUGU